AGUGGCUGCCCCGUUGCCUGGCCAGGGCUGGUUGCGCGGCCGUCGCUCAGGUGGUCUGGGCUCGCGCGGUGAGCUCCAAGGGUCUACAGAUCGCUCUAGGACCUGGGUGACCUUGGGCUCCCAGACUGCGGCGCGCGAGUGCCAGACCUAGCGGCCGCGGGGGUAGGGCCAGCGGGAGGGGGCGGAGCUUCCGGGCUUUCAGCGACCCAGGCUGAAAAGACCUGCGGGGCCAGAGCACACGGGCCGCGCGGCGCUGGAACAGACACCCUGGUUGCUGGCAGAGUCUGUGGAUGAUCAUGAUGGGAAGCCAAGGAUUCAUCCUGCUGGUGCUCCUGCUCAUCCUGGCUGUCCUCUGCCAUUCAGGUCAUAGCCUGACAUGCUACAGCUGUGUGUCACCAGUGAGUGGUAACUGCACUAAGACCUCCGUUUGUUCAUCGAAUUUUGACUCGUGUCUCUACAUUGAAGCCGAGCCCAAAUCCUAUUACUACCAGUGCUGGAAGUUGGCGGACUGCAGUUUCGAGCGCAUCUCAGCUUCCUUGGGGCUUCAGAAGCUCCAGUACCGCUGCUGCCAGCAGGACCUGUGUAACAGGAGCUUUGGCACCACUGUCUCCGGGAAGAUGGCUCUGCUGGUGACCCCGCUGCUGGCAGCAGCCUGGAACCUUUGUCUCUAACUCAACACUGGGAGGCCCUUCUCCUAAACUUUCUGUUUCUGUAUAUUCCUUGUUUCCUCUGCUGCUGCAUUCCCAAGGCUAUUUUCACCUGGAUCCUAUUGGGAAGGAUUAAAACUAGCUUGAGCCACUUGGUAAAAAGAGAGACUCAGCGCCUUUGAAGACCGGGCGUGUUGGCAGCAAAGACCCGUCGGAGGGAAGAAACUGAAGAGGGAGGCGCGGGUGAUUUGAGCUAGGUCACGUGCUUGUUGCAAGACCAGCUUUGCGGUGGCCGCUGGAGUACAUUAGACUCUGCAUGUCUCCCUUCUUUCCUGUCUCUUCCUUGAAUGUAGUUAAAGAGUAUCAUGAGUGCUUUUGGGGGCAGACCGGGGCAGGGGGUUCUUUUCAGCAGUCUCUCGGGGAAUGCUUUCAUCCUCUCCCUUUACGGGCCCUGUGCUGUCACGCAGGCACAAAGAACCUUCCACGUGUGGGCUGUCAGAGGCAGUGAAAUUCCUAAUGCAGAGCAAUUGGAAUGACCUUGGUCUUCGCAACUAGCAGGUGUCUGGCAAGGAAGAAGGUAAGCCCUCCACAUGGCGGGGCACGGAAACCCCAGGUCUUCCGAGAUCUGAGUUUUCCUCUGUCCCUAGAUUGUAUAUGGGCUACUCUGUCUUCCCUAGAAAAACUUAAUAGGACAUAUUAAUGAUAUGUUAAAACUACCCCUCCCACUUUUUUAUUGGAAUGGUGGGAUAUCUUGGCUGUGUCACACAUAGUUAAAAGUCUGAACAUUUGGACAUCCUGUGUUAAAAAUGACUUGCGGUAUUGUGUGCUUGUUUUGCAUAGUACUGGUAGCAAGUCUCUUCAUACGUGUACUUAUACUGUAUGAACACAAUGGGAAGAGCCUCUGAGUUGCAGGUGGGGACCUCCAAGUGUCCUCACGAACAGCAGCAACAGCAAGGGUGUGAUUUGCCUGCCAACUUCCGGCCUGUUGACUCCUAGCUGACUUAGCACAGAUUGCGUAAAAUGCAUGUGUAAGGGUUAUUAACAUAAUCACAAUUGUUAAGGCUUUGGGAAACUCUUCUGGUUUCCUGAAAAGUGAUCCACCUUUUCAGGAGGGCAACAUUUUGCCUUUUUCUAGUGGGUGAUGGUGAAUAAUUCUUAAGGUCCGGUAGACUUAAGGACAUUUGUGUUCUUAUAAUCUUGAUUGUACUUAGCAGCAUAGCCUGAUUUUUGCAGAUGAUGCUAGGCUUUCAUGAUUAACAUUUUUUUAAGACCCCUUGAUUAUGUAAUCUCAACAAACCGGGAGGAAUGCCCUUCCAAAAAUAAAAUUUAAUCAAAUGCA